UAUCGCCCAUCCGAACCCUAAAUUAAGAGAGGUAGUCCUUAUUUCAGGAGCACGGCCACGACCGAAUUAUCCAGACGACCUCCGAUGAAAGCAGCCCCUCAGCCGUCUGCCGUCCUCCGCUUCCUCUCUUCGCCGUCAGAUGUCGGCUUCAGUCACCUCCAUCUGAAGGUUUCGAUCGUCGCAGGAUUCAUGUAGAUCAAUACGUACACUUCCAAUGUUUCGUAGAAGAAUACAGAAAUUUGCUGCAAACUUGACGAAUUCAAGCAAGCAUCCAUUUCUAUGGUAUUCAACAAGGUCUAGUUCUGCAGUGUUAUUUCAGAAGCUAAAGAAGUCAGAGAGGAAGCCACUGGUAACGAGUAUAAACGAGCUGAAGCGUACAGCAAGAUUGAGAGCGAAAGCGAAGCAGAAUGUAGAGGAAAACUCUUUGCAGCCCCCGGCCAAUGGCUUGCCGGUCAAGGGCUUGGUUCCAAUUGCUCAUGAAGUUUAUGCUGCAAGAUCUGAACUAUUUUCAUGCAUUUCCACGGUGAUUAAGAGAAGCAUCGUGCAUUCUUGCAGAGUCUGUGGAGAGGUUCAUAUUGGUCAUCCGCCACAUAAGAUUAGAACAUGUAAUGUUGCUGGGAGCGCACCAAACAAAGAGCACACUUGGGAAAUUGGAGGCAUUCAGCAUGUCUUUCCUACUGUGGAAUCUUUCCAUUUAUAUGACCGUAUUGGCAGAGCUGUUUCACAUAAUGAGCAGCUCCAGGUGGAUCGAAUUCCAGCAGUAGUAGAAUUGUGCAUUCAAGCUGGUGUUGAUAUCCCCGAGUACCCUACAAGGCGAAGGACGUUUCCGAUUUACAAUGUUGCUGGAAGGACUGUCGACUUUGAGAAGAGGUUUCCCAAGAAAUUCACCCUUGAAAAAGGCAUUAAUUCGUAUGGAUUUUGGAAUGACAAGAAAAGAGUGUGUGCGGACACGUUAUCGAUAAAUUCCGAUGAUUUAAAAGAGACAGCCAUCAAAGGCAUGGAAUUAUGGGAUAAAAUGAUAUCAGGAACAGAAAAGCUCAUGAAAACGUAUGGUGUACAAACAUGCGGCUAUUGUUCAGAGGUGCAAGUUGGACCCAAAGGCCACCGGGUUAGGAACUGUCAAGCUUACAAGCACCAGAUGAGGGACGGGCAACAUGCGUGGCAGGAAGCAACAGUAGAUGAUUUGAUGCCACCGGUGUAUGUGUGGCAUGUUCAAGAUGUGCACAGCUCUGAGCCUCUAUUGAAUAAUCUGAAGAGGUACUACGGCGUGUUGCCUGCAGUGGUGGAGUUAUUUGCUCAAGCCGGAGCUAAUGUGGGCGAGAGAUACACAAGCUUCAUGAAGAAAGAUGUAGUAGUGCCCGAGUUGGAUGAAAUCAAUUUGGUUGUUUAAUGGUAAUUUAACAUUUUUUUUUUUGUUAACACCAAAAUUCAAUUUAAAAAGUUACACCAAAUAAUA